GUGCUGUGGUUUAGUCUAGAAAACAUAAAUUUUCCGCACAGGGGACGAUUAAAGCCUUCACCAGGACUACAGCUGGAAUAAUUCACAAUUGCAAUCAAUUCAAAUCGUAGUUUGCAUUAUGAGUGCACCAGGCAAUGUUUUGUCCAAUUUCUGCGCGAUCUGCCAGGCCGCACUGCGUGACGAGCAGCAGCCCGAAACGGUCGCGGGAGCGCGCAUGUGCACCGCCGGCAUAUGCGCGCAGUCUGGCAACGCCGGCGUGCGUGCAAUUGUUGUGGAAGGGCUUGAUGAGCAUAUUGGGGAGGAUACAGAGCAGGACGGAUCUGAGCUCAGUAUUAUGAGCAUUUCGAGCACACUUUCCAGCGAGCCAGAGGAACUGGGCGAUCUGAGCUCGCUAAGCGAUCUCGAAGAUAAUCAGCUGUACUCCACAAAUCAAAUGGCUGACCACGAAUCGGAAGGGGAUGUAGAUGUUGACGGCCUGGGUGAGCAUAUGGAUAUGACGGCAUCAAUGCCCGGCUCAAUUAUUGAGCCAAUGACUGAAGCAAUGCUUGAGCCAAUGUCCGAGCAACUAAUCGAUCAGGUGAUCGAGACAAUCCGUGAGCAAAUGGCCGAGCAAAUGCAACAGGCACAGCCACAGGUACAGCCAGAGCCACAGUCUGCGCCGCUGCCGAAUAUAGACUUGGGCUCCUUUAGGACGGACUGGCCAACGGUGGAGAGCAUACUGCAUCUGUACGAACAACGAUUCGAUGAGCUGGUCAGAGUUUGGGAUCUGCUAAAGACAAUCAUUCUAUUAUUAACCAAUCCAACGCUUGUGCCAGCCGCCGAGCCGAUGACCCUGCCGCGUUCCGUGGCUGUGGCAGUGCCCGCGCUGCAGCCGCAGCCGCAGCUCCUCUCGCUGCCGCUGCCACCGAAUGCCAACUUGCAGUCUAUUUGGUCCGAGUGGCCGGUGAUACAGAACAUAUUGGAUCCACAGCGGAACAUGAGCUGGACCGCGUACCAGCAGCAAAUGGAGGAGUUCAUCCACGUUGCCGAAAUAUUUGCCGAACUAAUACAGUACGAGCUGAUUGGCCAUAACUUUUUAUAGGUCGUUUUUUUUUCAAUUUGAAAGUCCAAUAUUUUGUACAA